GACGCACAUCCUGCGCAUUUCAACACAGAGAUGCUAACGCUGGGCUAAAGCUCCACUGGUAACCGUUGUGUCGUACAUUGUUGUCUGAGGUUUUAACCUGUGGAAAAACAGUCCUGGCCCGUUCGGAAGAACUCGUUCCAUUUUUCUCGUAUUUGUCUGGGAUGUAUGGAUGGAUAGUUGACGGAAUCUCGUCUCUGUUUGAGCCCGUCACCGGGCAAAACCACACCGAGUGGCCUGCGAGAAGAAGGGGCAGCGGGGAAGGACCACGGCGGGAGGACAGCCACGGAAGACCGACUAAACGGAACUACAGAAGUGUGCAUGUUGCCGAUGGUGUUUGUCAAAGUGACCCAGUGGCGGCAAAACGACGCAAACGCGAUGUUGUGAUCAGCUUUGUGAAGAAGACAGUGGCAAGCAUAGCAGGUCUGAUGAGCCUUCGGAGACCGCUGCCUGCAAGGUGUCAAAAUCCAAACAAGCAUGAAGAAACACAGCCUGUUACUCUAAUGGGCAUAGAUGAGCUUCACACUUCAUGGCUCAGUGGUACUGACUGGAAAAUGGAUAAAUCUGUAGGUGGGAUAAAUGACAGGAGCUCAAAGAAUCCCUUUCAAAGCACUUUACCCCCUUUAAGAAAAUACAGUGGAGCCACGCUCCCAUCUGGGCUCCCAGAAAGAGGGAAGAACUGGGAGAGAAGAGGCUCCCUUCAACUGCUGCCUUCAAGGCCCGCUAUCAGAGUGGGAACACCUUAUCCUGAACCGAUUUCUAAUGGCUACGGACACACACGCUGCCCUAAACCCAGUCUUACUGUGGAAGAGGCCAUAAAGCAGAACAAUAAGGAGCACUACAGACGCCUACUGGAGAUGGUGACGGAGAAAUACAGCAAAAGCCAACCGCUACCUUUCAACCAAGCUAAACCGCAUGACGAGUCGCUGUUACAGAGUUCCCACAAAACAUCUUCAGAGAGAACCUUUGAUUCAGUCUCCAGGAGGGUGGUGUGCACAGCUUUACCAACUGUGUUUACGUACAGAAAUACUACUGCAACUAAGGACAGGUGGGGAGGUUUAUCUUUUAAUAAGUCAUACAGUGAAACCCUUCAGGAAAAACAGCCUGUUAGAUAUGCAAAGCAAAAAGCAGCAGCCGAUGUGGACCUUUCCACAGAAGUCGCUACUCGCCUUAAUCUCGUGGACAGAGAUGCUUCUCCGUUCAGCGCCACUGAAACUCAAUCUUCCUAUGCUUUACAUAUAAAGCACAGUGAUGAGGACAUACCCAGGCUGACCAAGGAAAUGGCAGCGGAGGUUUGUGAAGCUUUGGCUCAGAGAGAUUCUAACCUUGUUUUAAGUUCAGCUUUCAAGCUUCGCAUCACGCAGCGAGACCUGUCCACUCUACUGGAAGGUGGAUGGCUCAAUGAUGAGGUGAUGAACUUCUAUCUUUCCCUGGUUAUGGAGCGACGUUGUGGAGAAAGUGGAAGAUUAAAGGUGUACAGUUUUAGCACCUUCUUUUACCCAAAGCUGCGGGGUGCUGGGGGAGGAGGACAGUGUGGAGGACACGUGGCUGUGAAGCGAUGGACCAAGGCGGUUGACCUCUUUAUGUUUGACCUCAUCCUCGUCCCGCUGCAUCUUGGUGCCCAUUGGGCAUUAGCUGUGAUGGAUUUAAAGUCAAAGACUGUUAAAUCAUAUGACUCAAUGGGUCGGAAACAUGACGACAUCUGUGAUCUUUUACUUCUCUAUCUUAAAGAAGAGCACAAAGCAAAGAAAGGAAGGGAGCUUGACGGUGCCAAAUGGACCGUUGGAAGUCUGAAGGCUGGUGACAUUCCCCAGCAGACUAAUGGAAGUGACUGCGGUGUUUUUGUUUGUAAAUAUGCUGACUAUAUAGCAAAGGGAAAGCCCCUCACCUUCAAACAGUGCCACAUGCCUCUCUUCAGGAAGUUAAUGAUGUGGGAAAUCCUUAAUCAGAAGCUGCUAUAGAAGAUUACACCAUCAGAAGCAACAACAUCAACUUCGUUUUGAUCUCACAAACAAUUGUUGCAAUUGUUACUUCCAGAUAUUUGGAGUAAUAAAACACUAGUCUUAACUUUGUCUCCUUUUCUCCCAAAGGAGCAUAGAAACUAUGUUUAAUCUCUGAGUUCUAAUUGGAGAUGUUUUGCUGAAGAAAAUUGGUUGUGCACAAACUUUGGCACUAGUGAGUGAAUGACUUUUGACUUCACAUUAUUUUUUUUUUACAGCUUGAUGUACUGCUUGAAGUGCCUUUAUCCCGCUGGUGGAGCUCUGCAAAGAGCACGCUUUAUGGAGAGUUUGUUUGGUUUUUGCAACUUGACUGCAUUUUUGAGCAACUUGGCCCAGAAUGCAGAGAUGAUCCUGAUGGCCAUUUGUUUGAUUUAUUGAUUGAAGUAUGUAAAGAUAAUUAUAUUUAGUCACAAAACUGUUCUGAUGUGUAAAAUAUAAAUGAUGAAAAUAUUGAUAUACCUCCUAUUUUGCCUUUUGUCCAGAUAUAAAUUGCAUGUUUGCAAACUUGCUGUAAUAACAUUUGUUUAACAUUAUUUAUAACUUACCAAAUUAAAAAAAAAAAAAAGUUUGUUUGUGUGUGUUUAUAUGUAUGUUUCCUUCCAUAAUUGGAGUAUGACUUAUUUGUUCUCCCUAAUUUAGAGCAGGUACGAAACUUAAAAUUUUAGUGUACUUAAUAGGGAACUGCUGUACAAGCAUGUAUGUUAGUGCUCAUGCUUAAAAUGUGAUCCCAUCCCCCUCCUGUAAUAAAGUGUUUUUGUUGUU